CGUUCGUCACGCAGGGGAAGGUGGAAUUAGCUAGUGAGGUGUCCAAGGGAGAAAACUUAAUAGCAGUGUGCUUACCAUCACUAAAUUAUAAUGCCACAUGACAGUGUCACGUGUUUUGGACGUAGAAGUAGCAAGGACGUUGCUACAGUCGAAACAUCCCAGCACGCCACGCUUUCGCAUGCAAUACAUGCAAGCAGACUUGAGUGCCUUCGUAAGUUUUCUUUGGUUUCCUUCCAGCUCGUAUACGGCGACUACUUCGAUCACCUGUUGCCAUGGUACGAACGCCGAGGAGACGACAACGUCCUCUUUCUUACGUACGAGCAAAUGAAGGCGGACACCAGGGGCCAGGUUCUUAAGAUCGCCGACUUUCUCGGGAAGACGAACACGGUGCUGAGCUUCGCCGGGACGAGGCAGUCUUGCAGAAUAUACUCGAUGCCUGCAGCUUGGACAACGUCGGGCGCAUCUACGCAAGAUGACGAGGUCGAAAUGCACCAGAGUCCAGGCUUUAUCCGUAAGGGAGUUGUCGGUGACUGGCGAAACCAUUUUACAUCCGAGCAAGCGCGGCGCACGAAGGAAUGGAUAACCAGGAAGACCGAAGGAAGCGAUGUUAUGACGCUUUGGAAGGACUGUGGUCUGCCAUAG